AGCAGAUCUGUAGGUAUGUCACUCUGUGGCGGUGUAUGUAUAUCAGAGAAAGCUGACCACAACAUGGACGAUACAUGCAGUGAGAAAGAGACAAUAGUGAGGUUAAGAGAUGCCGGAACUGACAAUAUAGCAACGGAUAAGAACAGGAACGGGGAUGUGGGUGUUGGUAAGGACAGGAUGAAGACAUUCGUCAAACAUUUGACAAUGGCGAGUGCAGUUCCUCCCCUAACAACACACAUUUUAGAUACAGCAACUGGUGUACCUGCUGCCAAUGUUCCAAUGGUGUUGUCAAGACAGAAGUCUGAUGGACAGUUUGAUGAAUUGGAAAGGGGGUCUACAAAUAAUGAUGGUAGAGGAGGGUUUCUAAAGGGAGGUAACUGGCAGCCAGGUGUAUAUAAACUAUAUUUCAACACAGAUGCUUAUUUCAAACAGCAGAAUACCACUGGCUUUUAUCCAUAUGUUGAGGUUGUAUUUAGAAUAGUAGAUCCAAACCAGCAUUACCAUGUACCAUUGUUGCUGGCUCCAUACGGAUACAGUACCUACAGGGGUAGCUGAGCUUGGUUUGAGGUCGUGUGACUAGCUCUGUGAUAUUCAGAAAAUAAACUAUAACCAGACAGACAGAGUUGUGUGUGUGUAAAGUGUUAAGCCUAAAAAUGGAGAAAAAUAUAUUCCCUCAAAUGUCACAGUUUUACAUAGUUAAGUAUACAGAAUCAGUGUUCACAAUCAUCUGUACAGUUAUAUUUAUUGUGUGCAUGUUGAGAUUAAAGGCACAACAACUGGCAACAUUUCUCUAGAUAGGUAUUAGCCAGUAUUGUUGUGUAACUAAAUGAA